UGUGUUGACUGUGCGUUCUGUGCUGCUCACGUCGUACCAUCGUUGCGUACGUGGUCUACUUACGGCAGCAUUUGUGAUUCUGUGCAGUACCAUCAGUGAUUCAUUAAUAAAAGACGGUCAUUUUGCUGCAGAUUACACAUAUCGAUAAUUCUCAGUAUUUGGAAACCGCACCCAAACGCUUUGAAUGAUACAUAUCUCUCUAUACGGGUGGCGUAGCUAUCGUUAGGUAAGGGCGUCAACUUGCCACGGGAGCGAAUAAAGCAAGGCCACCAUCGACCGACCUACUCGAUCGCCAUCGACAUAAUAACGGGAGCUUUAGACAACAUAACGAAGCAGAUAGCCCAGCAAUCAACAGCAAUGAAGCAACCGACUGCCAGCGGAUACGCAGCGGAGCGUUCCAAUUCAACAGCCAACAAAGCGAACCGGCCGAGCAUGUUCCUAACGAACGACGAGAACGAUCAGCUGUUCCGGAUGCUCGGGCGACGCUGUCAGACACUGAGCACAGCGGUAGCGCAAUUAUACACUACGCAAUCUCCUGCCCAUACGGCCUGGGUAAAGCGGUCUACCGGUGCGCUCUGUUUCGUCAAGGAUAACAUUCGCAAAUCUUACUUCUUCCGGCUGUACUGCUUUAAAAGCAACCAGAUGGCCUGGGAGCAGGAGCUCUAUGAGAAAAUUGAGGUGACGCAACCAAAACCGUAUUUCAUCACGUUCGAGGGCCAGGAUGGUAUCGUGGCCUUUAAUUUUGCAAGCGAUGAUGAGGCUGCUGCUUUUAUGAACACGACCGUAACUACGCUGCACAACCGCAACCGUCGGCGCGAUGAGCGCAAUAGACGGCCUAGCAAUCGUAAGGAACCGCCGCCUGCGAGGCCGCCCCCAUUGCAGGGACCGGCGAACUCAGGAGCAUAUGGAAGUGGUGGUGAUCAAAUCGAAGAUGCCACAGUUACAUAUCGGCCGAAGCAACCAUUUACAAGUCAUUUCACCGCACUAACACCAGCAUUCCAGCAGCAACCGCAACAGCAACUGCCGCUGGUUAAUCAAUCGCAUCAGAAACCACGCAAGGUCAGAGGAAUGGGCAAGCUACAGAAAUCCGACAUCGGAACUCCUUCGAACUUUAAGCACGUGACGCACGUGGGAUGGGAUCCGCAGAAUGGGUUUGAUCUUAUAGGCGAGGAGGAAUCGCUAAAACCAUUCUUCAAGAAAGCCGGCGUACAGGACCAACACCUUAAGGAUCGCGAAACGUGCGCAUUUAUCUACGACUUUAUCCAGACAAACAACGUCCUCGACACGGUAAAGACGGAGCAAAGCAGUGGCCGCAAAAAGCCGCCUGCACCGCCACCAGUGCCGUCGGCAGUAGCACCGACGCAGGCGCAACAGCCAAAUAGUGGAAGAAAUCCACCACCGCCGCCACCGCAUCGAGCAUUGCCACCAUUGCCACCAACGACGCCGCCGAAGGUAAGCGGCAGUGGACCGCCACCGUCGCGGCCACCACCAUUGCAACAGCAGCAGCAGCAACCCACAGCAGCGGCACCGUCACCACCGGCUGCACCAGCUCCACCACCACCACCACCACCCCCACCAUUGUUACCAGUGGUUAGUGGGGGGCCUCUGCCACCACCACCACCUUCCUCGCUGAAACCUGUCGCUCCGGGAAUGCCGAGCGCCGGUGGGGCCGAGAGCAGAGACCCACGUGCCGACUUGAUGGAGAGCAUUCGUAAUCGUCCGAUCGGGCUUAGGCCGGUGAAGGAUAGAGAACUGGGCGACGUUAUUCCCAAUCGUAACAGUGGCAGUGGGAGCGGGGACGUCGGUACCGAUGCUCUGGCCGAAGCGUUGCGACGCGCUCUUGCCGAGCGUGGUCGAGCUAUCCGCUCAUCGGAUGACGACGAUAGUGAUUCCAAGUCUAACAACAGCGACUGGGACGAGUAGUCAGGCUCAAUUAGAGGCUGGGCAGGUAAUGAAAAGGAUAAUUUGGUUACCAAUAUUCUGCCCAGAUACCGAAGCUCCAUGCGGCAGUGGUUUUUGUUUUCAUUCCUUUUGCCCCUCAUAGACGCUCACUUCAUCCUUCAGAUUUCGGUUAUCGCCUGUGUGCUAAAUGUGCAAGGACCAUAUACUUCGGAUAUGGUGGAUGAAAUGAAUGCCUAACCCUGUGUUCUCAGCAUAAUUCAAAUUUAAAGCCCCGAUUUGCUAGCGUCCACACAAUCGGUAUAAAUAUGAUAAAUUGGUGUGCGUGCUUCUUACGAAUAUGCAUUUGAGUGAACAGUUGAACCGAAAGCAUUUUUUCCUUUUUUUUUUAAAAUAUAUGAGAACGGGCGAGCCGUAUAUUUAACAAGCAUUUUUUCCUUUAAUGCUAUACAAUUUAAAUUGCCGACCUCAAAUUCAAACUCGUGGAAGCUUACGGUUAACAUAAAUUUCUUUUAUUAAUGACGGUAGGUCAUUAGCAAAUCAGCUAAUGCUUGCAUAUUUAAAUUAUUUUGUGAACGAGAGGCAAGGAGCUUUACUCUAUAAAAUUGCCUUUCCGGCUUUUUCAAUUUCGUAUCGUCUAUCAGUUGAAACACCUACCAAUACUAGUUUAAUUAUUCAUUAUAUAUUGAGCUUAUCGAUGUUAAAAAACAAUUUGAAUUCCAGCACAUGAUUUUAGAAAAAUAAAUACCCAUGUACGACA